AUGGAGGUACAAAAUAGCAAAUUUUCUGUAAAAAUCAUAACUCUGGUGGUUGAUGAUGAUGACAGUUGCCUUCUCAUUAUUUCUACUUUGCUCAAGCAGUCCAAAUUCGAAGUUAUGAUGGUGAAGAGCGCAAAAGAUGCUUUGAGUGUCCUUCGGAGCAGCGACCUCUCAUUCGAUAUUGUUAUCAUAGAAGUGCACAUGCCUGAAAUGAACGACUUUCAACUUCAACAAGAGAUAGCCAAAGAUUUAUGCAUUCCUGUUGUUUAUUUAUCAGGUGAUGAAAAUGAUUUUACAGCUAUUAAAGCACUUGAGAGUGGAGUUGUUUUCUUCAUACUGAAGCCCAUAUCACAAGAUGACAUACAUUAUUUAUGGGAAUAUGCAACAUUGCGAAAGAAGAAGCAUAUAGGUAAACGAGUUGCUAAGAGGGACAAGUCUGCGCGAAAAUAUGAUGAGACUAAAAAUAAAUAUAGUUUAGUUCCACCAACAAAGAAGAGUAGGAUUGCUUGGACAGAUUCCCUUCAUGAAUUUUUUUUGGAAGCCAUUACAACACUUGGCAUGAGAGCUUAUCCAAAGAAAAUUGUUGAACUGAUGGAUGUUCCUGAAUUGACUAGCAGACAUCUCGCAUAUCAUUUGAAGGAAGAGGCUAAUACUUCGAGGAUUCGUGAGUUAUUGAUGAUGAAUCCUCCAACCUUCACUGGUUCAAGCACUACUGAUGAUCCGGGAAAUUUUGUUGAGGAAUUGCAGAAGGUGUUUGAGGUUAUGCACGUUGCUGAUUCUGAGUGA